AUGCAGCUGCAGCUUCUCCUCGCGCUGACCGCAUCCGCCUCUGCGCUGCACCUACACCAAGGGCGCUCGCGGGAGAUGAGGGACUUCAGCACGCCUCACCAAGGGCAUGGGCUUCACCAAGCACAUGUCGACGACGGCUCGCAACCCCGCUGGCUCGCUGAAAUGGAGGGUCGCAGCGAGUACCAGCUCCUGGACAAUCUGACUAAAGAUCCUCAUGCUUCCAUCAAGAUUGCCGUCUCGGAGUUCCUGGGCCUCGCCAACGCUGCCAAGACCUCCGACACCGAUGCUCCGCUCGGAGAAUUCCCCCGACAUGUAUGGCAGGCCCUGAUCGAGAUCGGCAAGCGAACCAUUCCGGAGAAGCAGGGCCGCAUGGUCGAGUUUGUCGCCAGACUCGAGAACACGACCAUGAAAGACCACAACACGGGCCAGUCCAUACAGCACAAGGGAAAGAUCGCCUGGAUUGAGCUGCCAGAGCUGAAGCACACUGUCCAUGAGGCUUGGCGGGAGUAUGACAAGGGAGACCGAGAUACCUCGCGUCUUGAGCACUCCCAUUGGGAGAACCUGAUCGCACUCCUCGCGCAGCUCAGCGCCGCGGGCAGGGUCGACUACAACAGCCCCAAGAUUUCCAACAUGGACUUUGCCACCAUGGCGGAGCACGACUUGCACAAGGCGUUCCAAGAGCAGGAUCCCACGGACCCGGUGAUUCGAUCGGCCUGCAUGUGGCUCAUGUACGCAUCGCCGCGACUCUGGGCCGACAUUCAGCACAAGCGCGUCUUCCACACCCACCACAACGAGGGCCUGGUUUUGACCAUGCACAUGUGGAACAAGUGGUCGGAGGGCCUCAGGCGGGCGAAGACGACGUGCCGCCCCGAGACGUGCCCCUUGGUGAACAGCGCGAUCGGCAAGAUGCAGCUUGCAGAGGGUGAGGGCCAGAUCAUGCGCACCCUGCCAUGA